CUGCUUCCAUUGAUAGGCCUAUUACGGGAGGAGGAGGACGUUUCGAGGAAUCACUGGAUUGAAGGUGGUUAUAGGACUGAGGCCGACCUGCUGAGGUAGAGGUGGUAGGCUGGAAAACAUACUCUGGAAAACAUACUCAAUAAAGUGUUAAAAUCACUGCUGCAGCAUAGACAUUCGAUUGAAACUCUGCUCCUUUUGGCGCGAGGGCGUCUUCUGAUUUUCUUCAAUUUACAUACAGUGAGUUCCCUGCCCUUUCCGAACCAUGCCGUCUUGGUGCCCUCUCCUGUGUCGCCUAGCCAUGCUACUCUGUGUGUGGGCACCAUGCCAGGCCCAGUCGGACACCGAGCUUCCCCCUGGCACCCCCAUCAUCCAGCUGCGUCUGGCAGGGGACAAACGCAAGCACUACGAGGGCCGGGUGGAGGUCUACUACAAUGGCGAGUGGGGCACGGUGUGCGACGACGACUUCUCUAUCCAUGCGGCCAACAUAUUGUGCAGAGAGCUGGGCUACGUGGAGGCCGUGUCCUGGUCCCCGUCCUCCAAGUACGGCAAGGGAGAAGGUCGGAUCUGGCUGGAUAACGUCCACUGUUCGGGGCAGGAGAGAACACUGGCUCAGUGUAAGUCCAAUGGCUUCGGAGUGUCCGACUGCAAACACUCUGAGGACGUGGGAGUGGUGUGUAACCAGAGACGCAUCCCCGGCUUCAAGUUCAUCAGUAGCUUCACCAACAGUGUGGAGAGUCUGAAUGUCCAGAUAGAAGAGGUGCGCAUCCGGGCUAUCUACUCCCAGCGUAAGAGGGUCCCCAUCACAGAGGGCUACCUGGAGGUGAAGGACGGGGGGAAGUGGAGACAGAUCUGUGACGAAGAGUGGACAGAGAUGAACAACAGGGUCAUCUGUGGGAUGUACGGCUUUCCUGGAGAGAAAGGAUACAACACUAAAGUCUACAAGCUGCUGGCCAAGCGGAGGAAGAAGAACUACUGGGACUUCGGAGUGAACUGCACGGGGAACGAGGCCAGCCUGCAUGGCUGUAAGCUGGGCCACAAGGUGGAGGGGAAUGCCACCUGUGAGAAGGGGAUGCCCGUGGUGGUGAGCUGUGUCCCAGGACGGGCAUUUGCUCCCAGCUAUACCCAGGGCUUCAGCAAGGCCUACAGGGUGGAGCAACCCCUGGUGCGUCUGAGAGGUGGGGCCAACACAGGAGACGGGCGAGUGGAGGUGCUGAAGAAUGGCGAAUGGGGCACCGUCUGUGAUGACAGCUGGAACCUAAAGGCAGCGUCCGUGGUGUGUCGAGAACUGGGCUUCGGGAGUGCAAAGGAGGCCCUCGCUGGAGGCAGGCUGGGACAAGGAAUGGGCCCAGUCCAUAUGAAUGAGGUGGAGUGCUCUGGCUUUGAGAAGUCCCUCACAGAGUGUUACUUCAACAGAGAUGCCCUGGGCUGCAGUCACGAGGAGGACGCUGCGGUUAGAUGUAAUGUUCCUGCCAUGGGCUUCCAGAACAAACUGCGUCUGAGCGGUGGGCGGAACCCGUUUGAGGGGCGUGUGGAGGUGCUGGCGGGGAAUAAUGACUCGCUGGUGUGGGGCACAGUGUGUAGUGAUAGCUGGGGCACCAUGGAGGCCACGGUCGUAUGCAGGCAGCUGGGCCUUGGGUUUGCCAGCAACGCCUUCCAGGAGACGUGGUACUGGCCGGGAGACGUGAGGGCUGAUGACGUGGUGAUGAGCGGGGUCAGGUGCUCAGGAACGGAGAUGACCUUGGCCCAAUGCCUCCAUCACGGGAAACACCUCCACUGCCCUCGAGGGGGAGGGCGCUUUGCUGCUGGAGUAUCCUGCUCAGAGUCGGCCCCAGACUUGGUUCUCAACGCUCAGGUGGUGGAACACACCACAUACCUGGAGGACCGGCCAAUGUACAUACUGCAGUGUGCCAACGAGGAGCACUGUCUGUCAAGCAGCGCUGCCACCGCCACACCCUCCUCCUACCGUCGCCUGAUGCGCUUCUCCUCCCAGAUCCACAACAACGGACAGUCCGACUUCCGCCCCAGGGCUGCACACAACUCCUGGGUCUGGCACGACUGCCACAGACACUACCACAGCAUGGAGGUGUUCACCCACUAUGACCUGCUGAGCCUCAAUGGCACCAAGGUAGCAGAGGGACACAAGGCCAGUUUCUGUCUGGAGGACACCCAAUGUGAAGAGGGUACUGAGAAGAGGUACGAGUGUGCUAACUUCGGACAGCAGGGCAUCACUGUUGGUUGCUGGGAUACGUACAGACACGACAUCGACUGUCAGUGGAUAGACGUGACAGACGUCGUGCCAGGAGACUACAUCUUCCAGGUUGUAAUCAACCCCAACUAUGAGGUGGCAGAGUCCGACUACACCAACAACAUUAUGAAGUGCAGGUGUCGAUACGAUGGCCACCGGAUAUGGACGUACAACUGUCAUAUAGGUGGCUCAGUGAGUUCUGAGUCAGAGGAAUCCUCUUUCCCUGGCCUCUUGAAUAACCAGCUGGGACACAGGUAGUGUGGAUGGACUCAAUAGAAAGACUGGGAGGAACAUUUUAUUUCAAGAAACUGAUGAGAAAGACCAGCAAGACUGUUGUGACAUUAUCAACCACUAGAGGGAGCGCUGUACUGUGUUCUCUCCCUAUUGGUGCUGGAUGAAAAUGUAAAAGCCUUUCUCACCUCAAUGCCAACAUUUGAUGUAAGGACAUUUCAGACAAAAAAAAAUCCUGUUUUAAAGAUCCAGCUUGAAGAAGCAUCUGUCUUUACUGAUCUAACUAAUUUCCUUAGCACCAGCACUCCGCUGUACAUUUGAUCAAAUCAGUCAUACAUACAUAAAUGCAUCUAACCUUUCUGGUCCACCAUAAGGAGAGAAAAAUACAUGUUUGACACCUGCUGCACUUCGAGACAGUUUCUUACUUUUUUUUUGCAAAAAGUUUUGAGACGGAAUUUAUGCAACUAUGAAGUAGGUGGGAAAGUAGCAAAGUCUUGCCUCCAUUGGGAAUCUAUUUUUUUAAUAAUUUGUCCAUUUUAGUGCAGUUUCAUGUCAGUCUGUGACAAUGUGGUAGCAAGCCAUUGUAAAUAUUAAUAGGAAGAACCUGUCUUCCUGUACAGUAUUCACUAAGGAUAAGGCAAUAUUAUUACAACCAUACAGCUGCCACUUUGUUUUUGAUGAUCAAAACUGGAUUUGUUUGUCUCUAACGAUAUUUAAAACCUUUCAUCUUAAGAUCCUAAGAUAAAUAUACAUUUUAGUCUUAGCAUAUUUCGCUCAGUUUAGUACAUUUUAUUAAAUUAUUACUGUCUGGGGACUCUAAAAUCGGUUUGUUUUCUCAAUUGUAUAACGUCAUGAAUGACAUGUGAACAUGAAUCUUUGCAUCAUUUUGUCCUGUUUGUGAUACAGCAACUACAUAGCCCUUCAUUUGACAAGGGUACUCUUUACUAGAUGGGUGAUUGUCCUGUACGGUUGAAUGUGGAAAAGCAUUUUGUGCUUGCAUGUUUUCGGUAAUAAACAAUAAUGAAACA